AUGAUUAGUUAUAAGAAUAUGCACCAGGGCUAUCCCAAAGAAACACUGGCGCGUUUCCUUAAGGCUAGAGAGUGGAAUGUAUCAAAGGCUCAUAAAAUGAUUGUAGAUUCUUUGAAUUGGAGGAUUCAAAAUGAAAUUGAUAGUGUGCUGGAGAGACCUAUAGUCCUAGUAGAUUUAUACAGAUCAAUACGUGAUUCACAACUUAUUGGCCUGUCAGGAUACACAAAGGAGGAUACAGCUACAGGCUGCUUAAUCAUGAAACUGGCUACUUUUAGCCUUUUACUAGGUAUUUUGUCUCAGGUCCACUACUAUGUGCAAUCUCAUAUCCAGAUUAAUGAGUACCGUGAUCGUAUAAUUUUGCCUAGGCUAACACAACAGUUUGGGCAGCCUGUUACCAAAUGUAUAAAAGUUCUAGAUAUGACUGGUUUGAAGCUAUCAGCACUGAGCCAAAUAAAGAUCUUGACUUCCAUAUCAACAAUUGAUGAUCUGAAUUACCCUGAAAAGACAGAGACCUAUUAUGUAGUCAAUGUUCCAUACAUAUUUUCUGCUUGUUGGAAGGUUGUGAAGCCCUUGUUGCAGGAGAGGACAAAAAAGAAGGUUAAAGUUUUGACUAGCUACGGGAGAGAUGAACUUCUGAAGAUUAUGGACUACUCGUCACUUCCCCAUUUCUGCCGCCGGGAGGGCUCUGGAUCAUCAAAGCAUUCAUCUACUGACGUCGACAACUGCUUCUCCCUUGACCAUCCUUUCCACAAAGAACUUUACGACCAUAUCAAAGAGCAAGCGUUGUGCAGGGAGCUCAUCAAGAUGGGUUCACUGCACGUCAGCAUUCCCGAGCCAGACCCAGAUGACGCAAAGAUCGUCGAGGUCAUCCAGGCUGAGUUCCAGAAGAUCGGUGAGCAGGAUGAAUCCCCCAACGGCAACAAGGAUUAG